ACAUAACUGUAACGCAAGAUACGUACACGUUUCACCUCUCAUAAGUCAUAUUAUGCAUUGUACGCAUAGUAGACUGGUCAGUGAACAUUUUUUUUAAAUUUUAGUGCAUUCAUAUUGCAUUCAACCCAUCAUCGUUUGAGUUAAAUUUUUUCCUCGAAAAUGGUUAAAAAGGAGAAAUAUGAACCUUUGUUCACCAAAGAGGAAGAACAACUGUUGUCUGAUUUUAGCAGAAAUGUUUCCACCAAGUCUUCAGCACUGUUCUACGGUAGCGCUUUUAUGGUGUCUGCAUUGCCCAUAUGGCUAUACUGGAGAAUACACAUGAUCGAAAUGAUGCCGGCCCUUGUUUGGUUCAUUCUUGUCACUUUGGGUAGCACUUACCUCAUCUCAUUCGCCUACAAAAACACCAAGUUCAUAUUGAAACAUAAAAUCGCGAUCAAAAGGGAAGAAGCAGUGACCAGGGAAAUCACUAGAAAAUAUGCCGAUGACAAAAAAAUUAGCAAGAAAGAAAAGGAUGAAAAAGCUCUAUUCCAAAAAAACGAUGUAGCGGAUUAUGAAGCAACAGCAUUUUCAAUUUUCUACAACAAUGCAUUAUUUUUGGUCAUUGUGGUUUUGCUCAGUUUCUAUCUCCUGAAGGGAUUCUCAACAACAGCGAAUUACAUAUUUUCUGUUGGAAUUGCAAGUGGAUUGAUUGCCUUGUUUUCAACUGGAACUCAGUAAAAACAUUGUGCAUGGGCUGCCUCCUCAAUAUCGCAGAAUCCGAGAGUUCUAUGAACUUUUGAAGUUAUUUUGAAAGAAGUAUAUGGACUAAAAAAAAUUGUGUAUGCAAUUUGUAAAAAUAAUAUAUUAGAUCCUAAUGUGUAAAAAAAGA